UUUAUGCCUUGAGUAUAUAGAAAUAUGUGUUUAUAUAUUUCUAUAUAUAAACCUUAUACGAUAUCAACACGAUAUUCAAUCGAUUUGUAUAGCACAUGCAUCGUCGAUAAGAGCGUGCGUUUACUGAUGAUUAAAAACACUUGUUAUAGUCAUAAUCUGGUUAAACUUUUCCAUUAGAUAAGAUAGCGAAUUAAUUACAAAUUUAAUUUUGUCGAUAUAUAUUUAUUUACAUCAACAUUUGUGACCAGUUCAAUGACUUCAAUUCAAUGCUUUACUGGAGCAUAAUAAAUUGUAAUGAAAACGAUGCAUGUAUAGUUGCUACUGCCGAUAUGAAUAUAAUUGAAUAUGAAUCUCUAUUUAUUGGCAGUUCAUCGACAUCGGCAGAUUAUCAGAAGUCGCGAUAACAAGAAAUACAAUGUUAUACAUGUGGUACAACAUCAAAGAUAUAUCCCCACUGAUUGAGAGUAAAGAUCAAGUCUAUGGAUCCUGAACAUUGAUCAGUGUCGAGGCAAAGCUGCAAACAUGAAGCUUCUAUUAACCAUUCAUUUCUUUGCAAUCUACUUUUUGAAUUACGUAGGGGUGCUUGGCUCUAACAACAGCGUUCCCCUGGUUGUCAUAACUUGGGAUUACCAGGAUGCAACCCAAAAAGCAUGGGAUGUCUUGUACAACCAAAAGAGAAGCGCUCUGGAUGCCAUAGAGGAAAGUUGCAGCCUCUGUGAACAGCAGAGGUGCAGGAAAACUGUGGGCUACGGAGGUAGUCCAGAUGAGUCUGGAGAGACUACAUUGGACGCCUUAAUCAUGGAUGGAGUCACGAUGGAUGUAGGCGGCGUAGGUCUCUUAAGAAAUAUCAAGAAUGCAAUUUCUGUUGCUCGCAAGGUUCUCGAAAAUACUAAACACUCCUUGCUAGGAGGAGAGCUGGCUGCACAGUUCGCUCUGGAAAUGGGAUUCAAGGAGGAGUCCUUACAGACGGAGGAAUCCAAGAAGAUGUGGUUGGAUUGGAAGAAGAAUAAUUGCCAGCCCAAUUUUUGGAAGAACGUGGCACCAGAUCCUAAGAAGAGUUGUGGCCCGUAUCGCUCUGUGAACACAAUGAACAACAAUAUUGAGGAGCACGAGUCCUAUGUAAACGAAGAGAAUCACGAUACGAUUGGUGUGAUUGCUAUAGAUUCAAAGGGUCACAUAGCAGCUGGUACGUCGACGAACGGUGCUAGAAAUAAAAUUCCUGGCCGAAUCGGGGAUUCCCCCAUUGCAGGAGCAGGUGCAUACGCUGAUCAGAAGGUCGGUGCAGCUGCUGGCACUGGCGAAGGAGAUAUAAUGAUGCGUUUUCUACCUAGCUUCCUGGCUGUUGAAGAGAUGCGUCGCGGCGCUAGUCCAACGGAGGCUGCAACAACAGCGAUUAGAAGAAUAGCUGAACAUUAUCCAACGUUCACGGGUGCAGUGAUAGCAUUAAACAAAGAGGGAGAAUACGGGGCUGCUUGUAACGGUAUUACACGUUUCGCGCAUUACAUUGCUAAUCCCCAAUUAGGAAAACCGACUAUGAAUUAUGUGGACUGCAUAGACGCCUGGUAUAACGUUGUUAGAGCUGGAGAUUACCAGUGAUGGAUCAGUCACCCUAUACUGAAAUAAAUUAAUAUAAUUAAUAUAUAUAACUCUUGUAAAAUUCUUCUGUAUCAUUAGAUAAAUUAAUGUAAAGCGUGAAAAUAAAAA